AUGCAGGUGACACGUUCAACAUUCCAGGGUUGCGUCAAACUACCCUAUAAAAGGCCUGCUCGCUUUCGUCUUCAGCACAUCCUCUUAGCAUCAAGCAUCAGGACUGCAAAGAUGGCAUUUACUCUUCGCUCGGUCUUCCUCCUCUGUGGGAUCAGUGGACUCUUGACUGCAGUCUGGGCAGGCAAGGAUGGGAAUUACUGUCCUAAGGAUUGGUCUCAGUUAGAUGACCAUUGUUACAUUUUUAUCAACCAGGAGAGAAGCUUUAUUGAUGCAGAGCAAAUCUGCCUACUUAGAGGCGGGAAUCUGGCCUCUAUCCUCGACGCUAAGGAAAACGCAUUGGUCCUCGAGCUGAUCCGCGACGCACUUGGUGAGAUUCAAGACACCUGGGUUGGACUACAUGAUGGCCCUUCGGAGGGAACCUUCAUCUGGACUGACGGUUCACCUGCUGAGAUUUCAGGAUUCACCACCCCUCAGCCUGAUGACUUUGGUGGCAACGAAGACUGUGUGGAGAUUUCAAGGGAUACGGAGGCAUGGAAUGAUGAAACAUGCACUGACCUGAAUUUCUUUGUCUGCAUCAAAGAGGCACACGAGCACUAAUCCCCUCAACCACCAUCGCAUCAGUCUCAAAAAAUGUCUUUUCCAAAAUCUUAAGAAUCUUCUGAGAAAAUAGCUGACUUCCAGUGGUAUCUUUGUGUCUAUGUUUUAUCUUCUAUGCAGUUCAAUUUCUCUUGAUGGCAAUCAAAUUUGGAAGGUCAAAGGGUAUCUCUGUAAUAAAUGAAGGAAUCUCUCAACGCA